AUGUGGUGGAUGGGUUUUAUACUUAUGGGAAUUGGAGAAUUGGCUAAUUUUAUUGCUUAUGCAUUUGCUCCAGCUAUUCUAGUAACACCAUUAGGUGCAUUAUCUGUACUGGUUAGUACAUUAUUAAGUGUACACUUUUUAAAUGAACAUAUAAAUUGUAUCGGUGGAUUUGGAUGUUGUAUUUGUUUAUUAGGAUCAACUUUAAUAGUUUUAUAUGCACCAAAAGAGCAGAAUAUAACAUCAUUACAAGAAAUGUGGUCAAAAGCUGCAGAUCCACCCUUUAUUGCCUACAGUUUAUUCGUCAUACUCUUAUCAUCUGUGUUGAUCUUUAUUUUGGGUCCACGUUAUGGCAAAACAAAUCCAAUUAUCUUCACAUUGAUUAGUGGAAGUAUUGGUUCAUUGUCAGUUAUCGCUUGUAAAGGUGUUGGUGUUGGAUUAAAGAAUUCAUUCAGUACAGGAUUAUUACCAAUAAUAUCAUUUUGGUUCUUUUGGUUUCUAAUUAUUUGGUUGAUUGGUGCAAUCACUAUACAAAUGUAUUAUUUGAAUCGUGCAUUAGAUUUAUUCAAUACUGGGAUAAUAACACCAUUAUUAUAUGUGUUCUUCACGGGUUUUGUGAUUAUUGCAUCAACAAUCCUCUUCCAUGAAUUGAAUACAUUAGAAUAUAUAGAUUAUGUGGGUUUAAUACUUGGCUUGAUAUUCACUGUAUUAGGCAUCUUUAUGAUAACUGUGUGGAAGGACUCCAAUAUGUCCUGGACUCAUCUUCGGACAAUGCUACAGACCAAAAAUUCACCUUAUGCGUCAAAUGGUUCAGUAGCUAAUGACCACAACAAACGCUGUCGUCGUCAUACCUUCAAGGCAACAUUAAACGGUAUGCGAACACUACAUUAUAGACAUUUAUCGAUCGAUAAACUGAGUACUGAAAAAUUAAUCUCUAACCAUCAUUCUGAUUCCGAACACACUGAUAUUGUACGGUUGUUGCCAUCGCAGAUCAGUGAUAACAAGAACAACAACCAAUUGUUAUCAGAUACUUCUGUGUCUAGACUUCGAUCACCGCUUGAUUCACCGCGUUCGUAUACUGCAGCAAAUAAGAUGUCCUCAGUUCCUACAAUCAUCACUAUUGCUAACGCUGGUACUCCAAGACAACCUAAGCAAGAUUUCCACGAUAUCUAA